CGAUCGAUCAGUCUUUCACGCACUUUCACGACUUUCACGCUUUCAUGAAAGCCGGAGCACGGAGCACGCUCGUCGGAGGACUCGGAGCUCGGACAGUCGGAGCUGUCCGACAGGUUAUACACCGCAGCUAUGAGUGAUGUUCUCGUGAUCGGUUUUGCGGGACGAUAAUUCGCACCUUCCUAUGUUCUCGCGAACCGCCGCGAUUGCGUCACCAUGAUCUCCAGCUCCACGGUCCCAUUUGUUUCGCUGUUUCUCUUCCUGCUGAACGCUCGGGCGGGUCCCGUGCCGGAUGCUCCGAAACUGUUGAUCGUGUCUUACGAUGCGUUCAGAUAUGACUAUUUCGAGAGAAAUUUGACACCUUUCAUGAGCCACUUAAAGGUGGAAGGCACUUACACGGACUAUAUGAUGAAUAUUUUCGUCACCAAGACCUUCCCCAAUCAUCAUACGAUGGCGACGGGAUUUUACGCGGAAACACAUGGGGUUAUAGAUAAUGAAUUUUUUGAUUCUGGGAAAGAUAAUAUUACUAAGUAUUCUUACGAACUGUAUCAUUACAACAACAAUAUUCUGCCUAUUUGGACGGUUAAUGAAAAAAGUGGCAGACGUAGUGGCACGAUGAUGUGGCCGGGUUCUGUGUUCGAAUAUCAAGGAACGUCACCUACUUUCGCCCAAGCUUUUAAUGACACGAUUUCCUGGGAGAAACGAGUUGAUGAAUUAUUGUCGUGGUUUGUACAUCCCACAAACCCGAUAAACUUGGGGAUAUUAUAUAUUGAGGAUCCAGAUUACCAUGGUCACGCUACAGGAAUAAAUAGUCCUGAAUUUAAUGAAAUUCUCAGAAAAUUGGAUAAUAUUACAAAAUAUAUGCACGACAAAAUUGAUUAUUAUGGUUUGACAGAUGAUCUUAAUGUGAUUCACUUAAGUGACCAUGGCAUGGCAUCAGUCACGAUGGAAAGAAUAAUAAAUUUAACAAAUUACAUCAAUGCUAGCGAUUAUAUAUUCGUGGGAACUUCUCCGGGAUUACAUAUCUUUCCACAUCCUGGGAAAGAAGAGAUGAUUUAUCAGAAAUUGAAGUUUGCCGCGGAACAAACGAAAACGUUCAAAGUAUAUAAAAGAGAAGAUAUUCCGAAGAAGUAUCAUUAUGGCGAUAACACUCGUGUAGGACCCAUUUUUGUCAUAGCUGAAGUUGGAUAUGCAUUUCAGAACCUUUAUGAUACCAUAGAAUAUUAUAAACGGAAAUUUAAUAUUACAGUUAACAAUCAGACAGAGUUUGGGCUGCAUGGUUAUAAUAAUGAAGCUAAAGAAAUGCAUCCAUUCUUCUUUGCGAAUGGACCUGCUUUUAUGCCAAAAUGUAAAUUGGAGCCUUUUAACAAUACAGAUCUAUUUCCCUUAUUUUGCGAAAUACUUAAUUUGAAGUGCCCCAUAGUUAAUGGCACUUUAUCUCACAUAACAAAGUGCCUUAGGACACAAUCGAAAGAUAUAUCAAUAUCUACAUAUAAAAUGUUCAUUGCAGUCAUCAUAACCACCAUGUUAAUAGGAAUUUCAGUAGUGGCGACAAUAAUUUAUAGGAAAAAACGAAGAUUAGCAUAUAAUUAUAGGGAAUCGUAUUAUACGUUGGGCGAAUAAGAUAUUACAAUUUAUAAUAAACAUAACAUUAUACAUCUUAGUUAGGUUUUAGUUAGUAAAUUAAUCUAAUAUAUGACAGGGAUAUUAUACGAAAGCGAUAUCUAUAUAAAUUAUUAUGUUUUCAACAAUGAA